UAACAACUUUUUGCUAGAUUUGAUCACCAUUGUUUUAGCAUUCCGAAAUGAAGAUGCGUUUACUUCUGAAGUUCGUUUUGCUAGAUUUGAUCCUUUUGACUCAAAUUCAUGGGCAGAAAGCUUGUUUGGAGGAGGAGAGGUUUGGUCUGUUAGAUUUGAAGUCCUUUGCUAAUAAAUUUCAUGGCCAUCAUUCAGACCUCAUCUUCCCUUCAUGGGUUGAUGACCUAGAGAGUGACUGCUGUGGUUGGGAGAGAGUCACCUGCAACUCCACCACAGGACGCGUGAUUCGACUCUCCCUCUAUAAUGAAACCCAAUAUGCUAUGAAUUAUUGUUAUAGACCAUCUUUUUGGAAUCCUGAUAAAUCAGAACCGUGCUUUGGAAAUUUCCUUAUUCCACGCUUUUAAUGAGCUAAGAACUCUCGACCUAUCUUACAAUGAAAUCGACGGUUGGAUGCAGAACCAAGGUUCUAAAGGUUUCUUGAGACUAGAGCAGCUGGAGACAUUGGACCUUACUUGUAACAAUUUAGGAAAUAAUACCCUACAAUCUUUAAGGAAACUCACAUCUCUUAAGAAUCUGAUUCUUCGUAGCAAUCUCCUGGAAGGAUCUUUCCCUGUUCAAGAACUAUCAGUUUUUGAAAGCCUGGAGACUUUGGAUUUAAGUCAGAAUUUCAUAAAUGGCUUCCCAACGAUGCUUG